CUCAGAACGAAUGGCGGUCUCGGGGCAAGGUAGGUCUGUGAUAUAAGUGCAUUCCGAAGACCUCUAGGAUUCCCAAUAUACUCAUCUUAGUACCUCCACCCUCGUUCAUACAAUGGCCAUCAAACCGCUUCAGAUCCGCGUUUCUAUCGACAGAGGCGGUACCUUCACUGAUGUCCACGCUGCGAUACCCGGCCGCGAAGAUGUCAUCUUGAAGCUUCUCUCAGUAGAUCCCUCAAACUAUCAAGAUGCUCCGACAGAGGGCAUCAGACGCGUCUUGGAGUUGGCCACUGGCCAGCCGCAUCCUAGAGGUCAAUUACUCGACCUCUUCCACAUUGAGUCUAUCCGUAUGGGUACCACUGUCGCUACAAACGCACUUCUGGAACGUAAAGGUGCCAGAUCUGCCUUGCUCAUAACAAGAGGCUUUAAAGAUCUACUUCUUAUUGGCAACCAAUCACGACCAAGCAUUUUCGACCUCUCAGCCGCGAAACCUGAUGUUCUCUACGAGCAUGUGAUCGAAGUUGACGAACGUGUGACACUGGAAGACUAUACGGAGAACCCGACUCCUCAAACUGUUGAUCUGGACGUGUCAGAUCCUGAUCUCGUAGAAGCAGUUACUGGAGAACGUAUUCGUGUGCUGCAGCGACCAGACGUGGAGGCCGUAUCCAAUACGCUUGAUCAGUUAUGGGAGCAAGGAUAUCGGUCCAUCUCGAUUGUAUUCCUUCACUCGUAUGCAUAUCCUACACAUGAGAACCUCGUAGGCAAUAUGGCGGUUGCCAGAGGGUUCUCGGUAUCUCUUUCCAGCGCGUUACAGCCUAUGAUCAAGGCCGUGCCGAGAGGCAUGAGCGCCACAGCAGACGCAUAUCUCACCCCUGUCAUCAAAGAUUACAUUUCCUCCAUCUCGGAGAACUUCAGAGGCGGUCUUGGCGCUCAAAACACCCGCUGUGAGUUCAUGCAAUCAGAUGGUGGACUCGUCGACUUCCGCAGGUUCGGAGGUCUCAAAGGUAUUCUAUCUGGCCCCGCCGGCGGCGUUGUCGGCUACGCCCAAACAUCAUGGGAUGACGAAGAACGACGACCUGUCAUCGGCUUCGAUAUGGGUGGCACCAGCACAGACGUCUCGCGUUACGCUGGAGUUUACGAGCAUGUCUUCGAAACUACAACCGCAGGCGUCUCGAUACAGUCACCGCAACUAGACAUCAACACUGUCGCAGCGGGAGGAGGCUCUAUUCUCAAAUUCAAGAACGGUCUUUUCCAUGUCGGUCCAGAGUCUGCUUCUGCCCACCCCGGCCCUGCGUGCUAUCGUAAAGGAGGGCCACUUACCGUGACUGAUGCCAAUUUGUUCUUAGGGAGGUUGUUACCAGACUACUUCCCAAAGAUUUUCGGCCCUAAAGAGAACGAGCCACUCGACCGCGAAGUCACAGCACAAAAGUUCCUAGCACUUACAGAGGAGAUCAACCAGCAACAGCGGGCAGACGGUGCUGUCACAUUCUCCCCGGAAGAAGUCGCUCUUGGUUUCUUGAAUGUCGCCAACGAAGGUAUGGCAAGACCUAUCAGAGGAUUGACAGAAGCUAGAGGUCACGAUACGGCUGCUCAUCAUCUAGCUUGUUUCGGAGGCGCCGGUGGACAACAUGCUUGCUCUGUCGCCAAGGUCCUAGGCAUUUCACGGAUCAUCAUACACAAGUACUCAUCCAUUCUGAGUGCUUAUGGUAUGAGUCUGGCCGAUGUGGUUCAUGAAAUCCAGAAGCCAGCAGCCAUAACGUAUUCCAUGGAGACUCAAGCUGCUAUUCAAAAACAGUUGGAGGAACUUGCUUUCGAGGCAUCUCUUGAACUCAAGAAUCAAGGGUUUACGGACGAAGACAUCACUUACGAGACAUUCCUCAACCUUCGUUACGCAGGCUCGAGCAGUUCCCUCAUGGUACUGAAGGGUGCUGAUUGGGACUUUCAGUCGGCUUUUGAGGAGAGACACCAGCGUGAGUUUGGCUUCCUCUUUCAAGAGAAGCCAAUUCUCGUUGAUGACCUCCGUGUCAGAGCGAUUGGUGCUGCACAUGAAAGGAUUGCCGCGAGUCCCUUCGCACAGUUGAAACAGGCUGAAUCGCUCAGUGUGUCCGAAGCUGUUCCCAACACUACAAAUCAAGUCUACUACGAAGGCGCUGGUUUGUCGGACACACCGACAUACGAACUUCCUGCCAUUACUGUUGGUAGCAAAAUCUCGGGUCCAGCUCUUAUCAUCGACAAGACUCAGACUAUUGUUGUACUUCCCAAAGCUGUGGCCAGCGUGCUUGAGAGUUGUGUUGUGAUCGACCAGGAGACUUCCACUACAACUGUGGAUAAGGCGCUCGUCAACAAUGAGUUCAGCCCAAUUCAACUUUCGAUCUUCGGUCAUCGUUUCAUGUCCAUCGCUGAGCAGAUGGGUAGAACCCUCCAGAAGACUUCCGUAUCCACAAAUAUCAAGGAAAGACUCGACUUCUCCUGUGCGCUGUUCUCCAAUGAUGGUGGCUUGGUGGCCAACGCACCUCAUGUACCGGUCCAUCUUGGAAGUAUGCAAUUCGCAGUCAAAUAUCAACACAAGCUAUGGCAAGGCAGGUUGAACGAUGGCGAUGUACUCGUCUCCAAUCAUCCUUCAUGUGGAGGUACACACUUGCCAGACAUCACUGUCAUCACUCCGGUCUUCGAUGGAGAAGACAUCGCGUUCUAUGUCGCAUCAAGAGGUCACCAUGCUGACAUUGGUGGUAUUCUUCCGGGCUCGAUGCCUCCGACUUCAAAUCAAUUAUAUCAGGAGGGUGCCGCUAUCGAGUCGCUCAAGAUUGUUGAGGAAGGUAGAUUUAAUGAAGGAGCUAUCACCAAGUUGCUUCUGGAAGACCCCGCACAAUACGAUGGCUGCUCUGGUACCAGAUGUUUACAGGACAACAUCUCCGAUCUCAAAGCACAGAUUGCCGCCAACAAGCGUGGUAUUACCUUGAUUAAAGGCCUGAUCAGCGAGUUCGGUCUCUCAACAGUGCACCGCUAUAUGUAUGCCAUCCAACGAGCAAGUGAUAUCGCCGUUCGAGAAUUGCUCAAGCAGAAGUACGAGCAGUUCGGUAAGAAGCCUCUGAAGGCUGUCGACUACAUGGAUGAUGGCACGCCCAUUGCUUUGGAGAUCACGAUCGCGCCCGAUGGCUCGGCUGUAUUUGACUUCGAGGGCACUGGACCUCAGGUCUACGGAAACACCAACGCGCCAGUUGCGAUUACGAACUCGGCCAUCAUCUACUGUCUCCGCGCACUCAUCUCGUCCGAUAUCCCUCUCAACCAGGGUUGUUUGAACCCUGUCGAUAUCAGAAUCCCUGAGAACUCUUUGCUAAGUCCUGCUAAGGGAGCUGGUGUUGUAGGCGGUAAUGUUCUCACGUCACAACGUAUUACGGAUGUUGUUCUUCUUGCUUUCCGUGCCUGUGCUGCUAGUCAGGGUUGUUGCAACAAUCUGACCUUUGGUACUGGCGGCAAAAACAAGAAUGGCACACACGUCAAUGGUUUUGGUUACUAUGAGACAAUUGCUGGUGGCUCAGGAGCUGGCCCAAGCUGGCAAGGGCAGAGUGGUGUUCACACCCACAUGACCAACACUCGUAUCACCGACCCCGAGGUUUUUGAGAAGCGCUACCCUUGUAUUCUCAGGCAAUUCGGACUGCGUGAAGGCUCUGGUGGUAAGGGCAUGUACACUGGUGGCGAAGGCACAAUUCGAGACAUUGAGUUCCGCAUGCCAGUACAAUGCUCUAUCCUCUCCGAGCGUCGUAGUCGCCAGCCAUACGGCUUGGAGGGCGGCGAGGCUGGAUCUUCCGGUCUCAACUUGGUCAUCAAGAAGGAUGAACACUCCGACGAGAAGAGAGUGGUCAACUUGGGCGCUAAAGGUACUAUCAAGCUUGGAGAGGGUGACAGAAUCAUCAUCAACUCUCCUGGCGGUGGUGGUUGGGGUUUGGCAUCUGAGAGCACUAUCGGCUCGGAGACGCGAGCAAGGGCGCAAGCUAAGAUUCUUGCUGGUGGUUCGGUAAACUCUUAUAAAGCGAGGCAAGAAACCAAUUGAAGGGUUGGAGACAAAGUACGAUGAUAAUGAUAUCCUAAAAUAAUCUACAUCUUUUACUUCCU